AUGGGUUUACUUCUUGCCAAGUUGUACGAUGCAAUCCAAAGUUUCCAGACCGGGGUCCCUGCUCGGGUUCUCUUGUUGGGGCUUGACGCUGCUGGCAAGACUACAAUCCUGUAUAAGAUAAAGCUGAACGAGAAUGUGUCCACCAUUCCAACAAUCGGCUUCAACGUGGAGACAGUGACACCGGUCAAGGGCGUGACCUUUACCAUGUGGGAUGUUGGAGGUCAGGAAAAGAUUCGCUGUUUGUGGAGGCACUACUUCGAAAACACGCAGGGGCUUGUCUUUGUUGUGGAUAGUUCUGAUGUUUCUAGGAUGCCUGAUGCACAAGAAGAGCUCUUCAACAUCGUCAAAGAUCCUGCAAUGAUAGGCGUGCCAGUUGUAGUACUAGCCAACAAACAAGAUCUACCGGGGGCCCUACCAACUGCAGAAGUAGCCAACCGACUUGGCCUUUGUGAACUUCGGGACAGAAAAUGGUUUGUUCAGGGCGCCUGUGCCAUCAGUGGUGAUGGAAUUUAUGAAGGGAUGCAAGAAAUGGCGAAGCUGGUGAAAGAAUUUAACAAAAAGUAG